GGGCCUCAAACCCACGCAGUAGUGUGAACGCCGUCGCCAUUCGCCUCGGCCUCUCACAUCGCUUGCAACGAACUUUACGAACUGUGAUAGCACCGAAUCUUCUGAAUACUGAGCUGUGGCAGAAGUUACGUGAUUUAUCAAUGGCGAACCCAACCCCGACUUCGUACUGGCCACAUUUGUACUGAUAUUUGCAUAGGAAGCGCAAGAGCAAAGGCCAGAGCCAUACGAUGGCAAACAUAGAAGAUCCGGACGGAAACCGGACCGACGCCGGUGAGAACUCAACUCACUCUCGCGCAGCCAUCGCGUUGGAUGGCGGACCGACGGCGAAGGAUGCGCUUGCUAUAUCCCACAUCCUAGCGUUCCCAUCCCCCACUUCACUCUCUACAUGGCUACUACGUCGCAAACCGCAGAGCGUCCACAUACUACGACCGCCCGACGUUUUAACCUCCCGGAGGAGCGCUUCAGCGUGGCCUGGGACUUCGAGAGAUGGUGGGUCGACCAUCAACCAUGGCUCGAAGGUCACGGAUACAUGCUGCGCCCACGCUAUCGACCUGGUUGGACUCCGUCCUGGUAUGCGGAUGGCAUGGGUGAGACGAAGUGGAAUGCUGAAGACUGCAUAAUCAUGUCGUAUGCCUUCAUACUUGACGCUACACGCAUAUCUGAUGGGGCCUUCGUGGUCCUCAAACGAGUGGACAAGCGUCGUCACCCAAUGGAGGUGGAAAUUACCUCCACGCUCUGCUCUUCACCCUAUUCGUCCGACCCUCGCAAUCACUGCAUCCCCGUCAUUGAGGUGCUCCAAGAUCCAGAGGAUGAGAAUUUCCAGUUGAUGGUGUUGCCGUUGCUGCGCCAUUACGCUAACCCACGGUUCGACACCGUCGGCGAAGCCGUGGUCUGUUUCCGCCAAAUUAUCCAAUGCGUUCGCUUUUUGCACGCGAACAAGGUAGCCCAUCGGGAUAUUCACCCACUGAAUAUUAUGAUGGACGCAUCCCCUCUCUACACGAUCCCGUUCCAUCCCAUGCGCCCGGACAUGCGACGUGACUACAAGGGCGAUUCGGAGCCGACAUGCACCCGUACUGAGCGACCUGUGAAGUACUACCUUAUCGACCUUGGUCUGGCUGUUCAGUACGAUACCAUCGAUCCGCCCCCGCUUGAGAUCCCUGUACUUGGAGGGGACAAAACCGUCCCCGAAUUCCUCGCAAAUGGAAUGUCAAAACCGUACAACCCUUUCCCUACGGACGUGUACUAUCUCGGUAAUUGGAUACGUCAAGAUUUUUUGGAGGGGCAUCGUUCCGUGACUGGUGGCGUGUUGAGCUCCAAGCGCUUGGGCCUUGAGUUUCUUCGUCCGCUCGUCGACGACAUGACGCAGGCCGAUCCUUCCAAGCGGCCGAACAUGGUCGAAGUGGAAGAAAGGUUGGAGGGUCUUGUUGCCUCGCUUUCAUCUUGGAAGCUACGCUCGCGCGUGGCCAAAGAGCACGACAACCCGUUCCACAGUAUGUACCUCUCGACCACGCACUGGUUGCGUCGGGUCAAACUCGUGGCCUUGCGACGAGCUGCUGUCCCGUCUCCUACGAAAUGAGUAUCCAAUCGAGUUGACAACUAUGUCUGUUUGUGGCG